AUGCCUGUUACCACUGAACGUUUGGGGCCUUCCGGAUGGCGGUCAGGGUUUGACCACAGUCCUUCUGGUCCUGAGCUUUCCCCAAAUAACUCCUAUGUGUGGUACGAUCUAGAGACACAUGAAUUUCUCAGUAAAGUCGUCGAUGAACAAGUGUUGAGAAUUUUUCAAGGCUGCGUGCAGAGGGUAGAUUGUGAUGCCUUCGGAGACACCCUAGACUUCCGAUUCCUGUAUGCUGUGGUGGCGGGAGGCCAAAACAUCGCAGCAAUUAAGGAUGACAUCGUCGGCUUAGCCCAUGAGAUAAUGUCCAUUGACCGAGUGCAUCAGCACCUGAACAAGUUUACGGCAGCUGCAGCCAAUUUAUCAGCUGCAGCCAAGACUAAGUCGUCGUCAAGAGCCUGCCCUGAACCCAUUUAUCCACCAUACAGCUUGCCCAUCACCCUCAUAGCCUUAGCCAAGUACAUCACAGAUAUAUUCCCCAGCCAUUUCGGACGCGCACGAAACAUGUGCUCCAUUGACAAGGAGACCCUCAUGAGCACGCCGACACGGCACGACUAUGAUAAUGCCACCGCCAGUCGUCCAUACUCCAUAUCUAAUCUAAUGGAGUCUCCAGGAUACACUCCUCCCAUGGGCCUUCACACUCCUUCUCCCUUCGCCCACAAUGCCACUAUGCCCGUCACAAGCGGGACUUCCAAACGACAUACCCGGCCGUCACAUAACGGACCGUCGCAUAGCGGACCGUCGCAUAGCGGACCGUCGCAUAGCGGUUUAUUGCAGACACCCAGCGGCUUGCGUCAGACCUUGGGCACAGGCCAGCUGGCGAGUGUAAUACACUCAACCAUCCGCACAUCCAAAGUCAGUGGUGGCAGGACUCCUUCCAGUAGUCCUACUCCCAAGUCGUUCAGCACCACCGGACGGUCAUAUCCGUUACCCAACGACCAACUACCCAAAGACCAAACACUCAACGACCAAAUACUCAACGACCAACUCCUCGAUGAAACAACGAGCGACGACGAUGAACAAGACUGCGUUUCACGAUACGGUUUGUCCCCUACGAUGGGGAGCAUGCGCCCGACCGACGUGCCUAAGCGGUGCUCCAUGUUUAGUCCUCUCAGUCGACCGACACUGAGUCCCUCCACCACUCCCAAUCCAUGUCCCUAUCUGACUAGCUCGUCUCUCGACGGCGGACCUGGGCUAGGUCUCGACAGGGCCGGUCUCGAUGGACGUGGCCUCGACAGAACCGGCCUCAACGGACCCGGUUUCGACAGGUCGCGUCUCGACAAAUCGCUCUUGAGCACACCUUCGCUGCCCACUCCGACCUUGAACACCCCGAACAGGAGAUCACUGGUUGUGGAAAGUCCACAGAUGUCAUCCAGAACUGCUAUGCGUUUGUUGACUCCAGACUCAGCAAUCCACACCCCUAGUCCCGGAGAUUUGCUGCCGACCCCGAAACUCGUCAAGUGGGCAGCCAGCCCCGUUACUCCGCCUACGUACACCCCUUCAGUCAUGUCCACGAUCAGUGUCAGAUCGGCUAUGGAGGAUCCCUGCAACGUUCCCGGUAAGCGCAAACCUACAUGUUGUCACCAACAAGUUGUUGUCCGUUCACAGCUUCAUUCCGCCCAGGCGAAAUUGUGCUUUGUUUAG